GACAAACUUGUUUGGAGGACGGAGAGGAACGAGCGUCACGUCAGCAGCACAUUCGUAAGGGCUUGUCAGUGAGACCCGCAGCUGUUUCGCUGGCUGCCAUUUGAUACUUUUGCGGCUUGCUGUAAUUUGGCUUGGCCCAGCUGGUGUGAAGUGGUGCUUUGACAUUUAAUCCUACUACCUGGAUCCAGAGCCGGCUGAGGAUGGAGCUGCUUUCGGCGAUGCACCUGGACGAGCUUUCUUUGCGUUUCUCGCAGAUUAACAUGUACCCGCUGUUUGAUAUCGCUCACUAUAUCAUAUCUGUUCUAGCGCUGAAAGAGCAAGCAGGAACUGCUGAUGUGGCUCAGCGCAGUCCCCUUGCUUGCUGGGUUAGUGCUAUGAUUUACUGUUUUGGUGGCGCCAUGCUGUCGAGUCUUCUUUUGGCUGAGCCACUAAUAGCACCUCUUUCCAACAAUACCAAUAUAUUUCUUGCAUCAUUCAUCUGGUAUAUUGUAUUCUACUGCCCUGGAGAUCUUGCUUACAAAUGCUUUACAUUUCAGCCAUUACGUCUUGUCCUAGCCGGUAUGAAAGAGGUGACAAGGACAUGGAAAGUGGUUGGCGGGGUGACACAAGGCCAGAAAUACUAUAAAGACGGAUGGCUGGCAAUUAUUGCUGUUGGAUGGUCCAGAGGUGCUGGAGGUGGGCUGUUGGCUAACUUUGAGCAACUUGUGAGAGGAAUUUGGAAACCUGAAACCAACGAGUUGCUAAAAAUGACGUAUGCCACCAAAGUGACCUUGAUUGGAUCCGUGCUUUUCACUUUUCAGCAACGAGGAAGCCUUCCACUUGCCAAGCAUCAUUUCAUGUUGAUUUAUUCUGUGUUUCUCGUUGUUUUAAAGGUCAGAAUGAUGAUUGGUGGUCCCAGCAUGUCUCCAUUUUCUGCAUUUGAGACGCUCUUAUUCUCCUCAUUAUUUGGGUGGCAGAAGCAGGCAAGCGAGAAAGGAACCUCAGCUUUGACUGCUGGGAAAAUGUCUCCCACAAGUUCUAGUGCAGCUUCAGCUAAUGAUGUCAAAGAAUCGGAGGAGAGAUGUCCUGAUCCAACAUUGCCAGACACAAACGCCAAUAUUCUUGAAACUGAAAGAAAGAAGUCCUCCAUCUCCGAAGAGGAGGAUAAAAACGACAAUAUAGUAAGCAAGAAAAAAGACUGAAAUUUGCAGAGUUUCAUUUUAAAUAUUCAGUCAGAGAUUAUAUUGAAUGUUUCUAAAUAUUCUA